AAUUACUACAGUGUUUAAAUGUGAGUCAUCUUUUUUUCUGAUUACGUAUUCUACUUCCGCCGUAUCAGGAACUAGUCACUUACACGGCGCACACUGAUUGGCUAACAGACAGCGUCUCUGCAAAUCCACCAAUCAGCGCGGGCCACGGUGAGAAUUUUCGAUGUACUUUUGUGGGAGACAGAGCAGCUCAGCAAACACAAAUCCUGCUUCUGAAGUCAGAAUGAGCGUCUUGUUGUUUGGCGUGUUGGGCUGUUCCCUGAUCCUGUCUGCGCAUGGGAUGUACUCGGCUAGCGACGAUGUGAUUGAGCUUAACCCGACAAACUUUAACAGGGAGGUGAUCCAGAGUGACAGCCUGUGGCUCGUUGAGUUUUAUGCUCCCUGGUGUGGCCACUGUCAAAGUCUCGCUCCUGAUUGGAAGAAGGCAGCUACUGCCCUUAAGGGUAUUGCCAAGUUGGGCGCUGUUGAUGCGGAUCAACACAAAUCGCUGGGUGGCCAAUAUGGCGUCAGGGGCUUCCCAACCAUCAAGGUCUUUGGAGCCAAUAAGAACAAGCCAGAGGAGUACCAAGGUGGACGCAGCACCCAGGCCAUCGUGGAUGGAGCCAUCAACGCUCUACGUGCUCUGGUGAAGGAGAAGGUGGGUGGGAAGUCUGGUGGAUCUGGCUACAGCAGACAGAGUGAUGACGGCAAGAAGGAUGUGGUGGAGCUCACUGAUGACAACUUUGACAAGCUGGUGCUGGAGAGCGACGACGUAUGGCUGGUGGAGUUCUUCGCCCCCUGGUGUGGACACUGCAAGAAUUUGGAGCCUGAGUGGGCAGCUGCAGCCACAGCUGUUAAGGAGCAGACGAAGGGCAAAGUUCACCUGGGAGCAGUGGAUGCUACCGUGCACCAGGUUGUGUCUGCUCGCUACGGGAUCCGUGGAUUUCCCACCAUCAAAAUUUUCCGCAAAGGCGAACAGCCAGAAGACUACCAAGGAGGUCGCAACCGUGGCGACAUCAUCGCGCAAGCUGUGGAACUGUUCUCAGACAGCGCACCCCCUCCAGAGCUGCUGGAGAUCCUUAACGAGGACAUCUUGAAGAAGACCUGUGAGGACAGUCAGUUAUGUGUCAUCGCUGUGCUGCCACACAUUCUGGACACAGGUGCUGCUGGAAGAAAUGACUACCUGCAGGUGAUGAUGAAGAUGGCUGAGAAGUACAAGAAGAAGAUGUGGGGGUGGCUGUGGACUGAGGCGGGAGCUCAGAUGGAGUUGGAGGCCUCUCUGGGUAUCGGUGGGUUUGGAUACCCCGCUAUGGCCGCUAUCAAUGCCCGUAAGAUGAAAUUUGCUCUGCUCAAGGGCUCCUUCAGUGAGACGGGCAUCCACGAGUUCCUCAGGGAACUUUCUGUGGGGCGUGGCUCAACUGCUACAUUUGGAGGCGAUGCUAUGCCCAAGAUUCACACAGUUGAACCCUGGGAUGGCCGAGAUGGACAGCUUCCUGUGGAGGAUGAGUACGACCUCAGUGACAUAGACCUGGAUGAUGAUUUUGGGAGGAUCGAGUUAUGAGCCCAAACUGGCCGGGAUCUGUUCCAGGCUGGAUCCGCUCUGGGCCUCUCGUCUCCUGUGGAUGAACGGGAGUCCCGGUCUGUCAGUUGCUGAAAUAACUCCAGAAAAGAACACACACGAGAGACGCCUGCAGUUUCUCACAUCGUCGUCAGAUGCAGUAACAGGAGGGGGCGGCAGCUUGCGCUGUGACCCUGGACUGAACUCUGCAUAUCCCUGCUGAACUCCAGAAGCUGCAUUUUUAUAUAUUUCACCCCAUGCUGAGGAGCAGAGGGGGCGUCCGAAUAGUCUCUCCACGCCUCAGCCUCUCCCUGGCACCUGUUCAACAUUUGACCAGUGUGACUUAAUAAUUUUUGAUUUAAUUUCUUUUUAAAUUCAGUGAAUGAGUCUUGGGGGUGGGCUUUUGGGUUGCAUAUGUCCAGGACAAAGGGUAACUGUGGGACCGCUUGUGUAGAUUUUUCUUACACGACUUUAUUUCAUUUGUGUGAAAACAAAACAUUUUUGUUACAAAAAUAAAAAUGAAUAAAAACAA